AUGGAGGAAUUCAACGAUGAUUUUUACCCAUUGGCGUUGCUAAUGGACGAGUUGAAGCAUGAUGACGUGUCGAACCGUGUGGAGGCAAUGCAAAAGCUCGAUUCCAUUGCUAUAGCGUUGGGCCCUGAGAGAACUCUUCAUGAAUUGCUUCCCUUCUUAAAUGACGUUGCUCAGGACGACGAGGAGGAAGUCUUUGCUGUUUUGGCUGGCAAACUCGGAGAUUUCAUUCCGCUUAUCGGCGGUCACCAGAACGCGGAGCCUUUGAUCCACAUCUUGGCCAUCUUGGGCGCCAUGGAAGAGCCCAUCGUGAGAGACACUGCAGUAGAAUCGCUAAACAAGAUUGCCCCCGAAUUAACAGAUGAUGAGCUCAACAGUCUUUUCUUGGAGUUGAUUCGCUCGUUGUCACAAGGUGACUGGUUCUCAAAAAAAGUAGCCUCGUGUGGCCUCUACAAAUCUGUCGUUGUCAGGGUUGAUGCACAGUUGAGAAGAGAAUUGUUGAUGCUAUACAAUUCCUUGGUGAGCGACGAUUCUCCUAUGGUCCGCAGAUCUGCAGCAAAGCAUUUACCUGGUAUCAUCGAUACGCUUACAGAGUACACCAGGGAGCACCCUAACUCCAACAAGAAAGUUGACGAUAACGACUUAGAAAUCAUAAGCAAGAUGUUCCACCAUCUAAUCAACGACGCACAAGACUCGGUUAAGUUAUUGAGCAUUGACGUUUUGGUGGCUAUUCUCGAAUACUUUUACUUCGUUCAGGAUAGGUCUCACAAUUCUGACUGUUUGGUUAGUGCCUUAAAGUUGAUCAAGGACGACAGCUGGAGAGUCCGUUAUGCCGCUGCAGACAAGUUCUCAAACAUUGCCAAUAACUUCAAGGAUUCCGAGGCGGACUUGUUGCGCCUUAUUGAUCCUUUUAUUGGCUUGAUGAAGGAUAAUGAAGGUGAAGUAAGAAAGGCCAUUGCCAAACAAUUGCCAGACUUCUGCAAAUUGUUGCCUAAUCCCGAACUCAUUGAAUCAAAGAUCAUUCCGGUCGUUGACGAAUUGUCUCAAGACCCUCAUGAAAACGUGAGAGCAUCCUUGGCCUCUACCGUGACAGGACUUUCGUCUAUUUUAUCUAACCAGUCUACGACAGACAGCUUAUUGCCAAUAUUCUUGACAAUGUUGAAAGACGAGUUUCCUGAUGUAAGACUCAACAUCAUCUCCAGCUUGUCUGUUGUGAAUGAGACCAUUGGCAUCAAGAUGUUAUCUACUAAUUUAUUGCCUGCCAUCACAGAAUUGGCCCAGGACACUAAGUGGAGAGUUCGUUUGGCAAUCAUCGAAUACAUUCCUAAGUUGGCUACCCAACUUGGCGUUGAGUUUUUCAAUAAGGAGUUAUUGCCCCUUUGCACAUCGUGGUUAUGGGACCCAGUGUUUGCAGUUAGAGAUGCUGCUGUGAACAACCUCAAAGAGCUCACGACUAUUUUUGGCUCUCAAUGGGCAGAGGAACUGAUUGUGUCACAGAUUCUUAGUAUAAGAGACGAAAAAAUCGAUGAAGAAGAGUCUAAUAACGAGCCAGUGAACUUUUCAAACUUCAUCAUAAGAAUUACCUGUCUUUUCGCUGUCACCAAGUUGAUUCCAGUUCUUGAACCAUCUGUAAUUAUCAAGAAGAUAUUACCAUUCAUCCAUCUGUUGAUCGCGGACCCUGUUCCAAACCUUCGGUUCAACGUUGCCAAAUCAUAUGCGGUAGCUGCAGAGACUUUGGUCAAGAGCGGAUCGAGCGAAGCAGCAAAGGUGAUCGAAACGGAGAUCAUUCCAAAUGUCAAUGUUCUUAUCAACGAUUCAGACGUUGAUGUGAGGUAUUAUGGGCAGAAGAGCCUUGAUAGUAUCAAGCAGUUGACAGCCUAA